AACGAUAACGAAUUUUAUUGAAAAAUCAAAAUCACAGCAAUAUUCAAAAAAGGAAGGAUAACUAGAUCAAAUUGUAUUUCCAACAACAGGGAAUUCGGAAAGGCUAUGGCAUCAACAGAGGAUAAAGCUACCAAAGGCUCCCUGAAGAACGUGAGUUCGGAUUUCCUGACCCCCGUGCAUCCGGCGAAGAGAAGUCGAGUCUCGGUGGCUACCCCCGCCCGGAACUCUCCCGCUACCAAGCUUCAAAUUCCCGCUUCUCCAUUUAUGAAGAAGCUUGGUUGGGGAACUGGCGUGUCAGUUUAUUUGCUCGAAAGGAGUCCAAGGCCUGACGGUAGUGGACGUUCACCAUGGGCUGUCAAAAAAAUCCGCAGCAAGUACAAAAAAGGCAGAGGAGAUGUAGACGUAGAAGGAAGGCUUAAAAAGGAAGCAGUAAUUCUUAAGAAAAUGAGCCAUGCUAACAUCGUGGAGUUCCGAGCCCUUAGCAAGUCAGCUGAUGGAUCGCUGUGUCUGUCUAUGGAAAAUGGUCAACAGUCCUUGAUGGGUAUGAUCGAUAAACGCAAGGAAGCGGGAAAAGGUCCAUUCCCGGCAGCCCAGAUCUACCAAGUGGCCCUGUCCCUGGCCUCGGCCCUGAACUACCUUCACAACGACCUCAAGUACAUCCACGGUGACCUCAAGAGUGGCAACGUCCUGGUCAAGGGCGACUUUGAGACGGUCAAGCUCUGCGAUUUCGGAGUCGCACUCAAACUGACGGACGACUUGAACGGCCUGGAGAACCCUACUGAUGACUACGUCGGCUCUCAGCCAUGGAAUGCUAUGGAGGUCCACAUGGCCGGUGACAUCACGCAUAAGACGGACAUGUUCUCAUACGGUCUGGUCAUCUGGGAGAUGAUGUCCCUAGAGGCCCCCCAUCUUGAUCUACUUUUUAGUGGAGAUGACAGCGAGUAUGACGACGAUGAGACAAGCUUUGACGAGUCUGAGUUUGAGGCAGCAUUGGGAACCAGACCCCCGCUACCCAAAGAGAACCUAGGACCCGCGUACCAGUUCCUCAUUGAACUCUUCUGUGCCUGUACCAUCGAAGACCCCACCCAGAGGCCUAGUGCUAAGAUGACUCUCGCUGCCCUGGAAGAUGUGAUGCUCUAGACUAGAGAUUAGCCAACUAUUCCUAUGUUGGAGGAAUGGUCCCUAUUUCAGGGCCUUCAGACUAGUGUUAAGAACCCUGGAGUUUCUCUCUCUUGAUUAAAAACGUCUGCAUUAAAGUCUAUUAAAGCGGGAACUGCACUACUUGUGGCUACUUGCGCCCUCUUUUGGCACCUGAAUAUCUUAAUGACACCCUCCAAAUAUAUACACCAAGUCGUAAUCUCCGUUCAGCGACCGACACAUGUAAACUUAACAUUCCCAAAUCUAGACUCUCAGCAGCUUAAAGUCACUGAGUAGUCGGCUCUCAUGGGGAAUUCGACACCGUUCGGGUGUUUACCCAAUAACAGGUGUUGUCAAUCACCAGGGUUAGCCUUGAGUUUUAUGACCACUGGACCUUAUGUAAUGCUUUGAUUUGCCGAAGACUCUCGAGCUCUCCCAGAGAUUGGGGGUAAUUCUUGACUGGACUAUGGGUUUGCUGUG